UAGAAGUGUAUUUAUAUGUCUUUAUAGUGUUCUAUGAAGAUAUUCAAGAAGAAUCUGGGAGUUAAGUACAGAUUUUGGCUGGUGUUACAAAAUAAAAUUAGGAAAUAAUGAGGGUAAAAAUAAAAAACAUAAGUUGGAGGUAAUUCCUGCUUAGAAUAUGGCAUAUAGAUUGUGUGGGAAAAAUUAACUUUCAUUUAUUUGAAGGUUGUAGAUUAUAUAUUUUAUUUUAUGAAAUCAAGAUUUUCCGUAGAGACUAUUUUCACCUAUGUUGUGAAUGUUAUAUGCUUUAAUUUCCAAAGUGAAUCCUAAUUACAUCUGUACUUAAAUGAGUGAAUUUAAAGUGCGAUAACACAGGUAAAAUAAAUGAAUGACUUUAGAGUAUAACAAAUAAAAUAUGGAAAAAUACGAAAUUUGAGAAAACUUUAGUAGAAAAGAUUAAGUGGAAAUAACAUCACGUGUAACAGUCAGUGGAAGCCUAUCACGGGGGUGGGGGAAAAAAACAAUACAGAAGUAUUUUUUGGAGUAUUUUUGUCUGAGUUCAGCCACAGCUAACAGUCCAGUGUUCCCUGAUGUUGACAGUGGGACUGUGCUGAGGUCAAAACUCAGUUACUCCAGGCUUAGAGGUACAACGAAGAAGGGCUCACAUGGGAAGUUGACAUGUACUCUUGAGUUCAGGGACAUUUGUAUAUUAAAGGAGGCAAUUUAAAUUAAAUUCAAAAAAACACCUUAAUGAAGAAAAUAGUAUAUAUGAACAGAUCUGUUUAUAUGCCCAGAACAAGUUUUUAAUCCUCUCAGUGAACGAUUCAGACUUUCUACUGUGAUUCAAGGCGGGGUUUUGGGAACUUUCACAUAGACAGUGGGCAGUAGUGGCGACUUUUCCCAGCAAUCUGUAUGUCUACUAUCACAGAAAUCUGCAUGAAAAGAAUUCACUCCAGUCCUUUAACCUAUGUACUUUCUUAGAUGAAAAAUGUGGGGACAAAUAUUUAUUGGUUUUAGAAGAUACUAAAAAUUCAGCAUAAGAAAAAAAAAGAACUAACUCAUUCUUUUUUUCUCACCUACAUUUAUGUUUGCUGGAAGCCUGAAAACGAAGGAUAUUGCAUUAUGAAACGUUGGGGGAAGAUACGGUUGCAGGAGUUUGCAUUUAUUCACUUAAUUCAGUUCUCACCAAAAGUACAACGUUUGCCUCAAAAGGAUUACGCUGUUGGAGAGGACCUUAUCAUGUCCUUCACCGUAUCCAUGGCAAUCGGGCUGGUACUUGGAGGAUUUAUUUGGGCUGUGUUCAUUUGUCUGUCUCGAAGAAGAAGAGCCAGUGCUCCCAUCUCGCAGUGGAGUUCAAGCAGGAGAUCUAGGUCUUCUUACUCCCAUGGCCUCAACAGAACUGGAUUUUACCGCCACAGUGGUUGUGAACGUCGCAGCAACCUCAGCCUGGCCAGUCUCACUUUCCAGCGACAAGCUUCCCUGGAACAAGCAAAUUCCUUUCCAAGAAAAUCAAGUUUCAGAGCUUCUACUUUCCAUCCCUUUCUGCAAUGUCCACCACUUCCUGUGGAAACUGAGAGUCAGCUGGUGACUCUCCCUUCUUCCAGCAUCUCUCCCACCAUCAGCACUUCCCACAGUCUGAGCCGUCCUGAUUACUGGUCCAGUAACAGUCUUCGAGUGGGCCUUUCAACACCGCCCCCACCUGCCUAUGAGUCCAUCAUCAAGGCGUUCCCAGAUUCCUGAGUAGGGUGCUUUUGGUUUUUGUUUCUUUCUUGUCUUGUCUUUUAUUGAAAGGAAAUCGUAAAUAGGCUAAACAGAAUUUUGAGGGCAUGGCCCAAAUAACUAACGAAUUCCAAGUUGAAGCAUGGUUGUGCAAGUUGGACAUUACAAUGUAAAACGUAUUUUCUUGGAGCACAUGUUUUCCCUUUUGUUUCAAAAAAUGUAAUAUUUUCUCCCAAGGGUUUUAUAUUUAUGUAUUUUUUAUUCAAUGUGAGGCUUAUUAAAAAUAGUGAUUCUAAUGUAAGAAUCCACUGAGAUGCAUUAUAUAUAUUUUAAUUAAAAUUAAAACUUUAGAUAUUUGUGGAUUACAAUCCUCAUUUACUUCCAAUGUAACUAGAAAGAGAAAAAAAAAUCAGUGUCACUUUAAAGAGAAAUCUUCUAAGGAAUUCGGAUAUUACUUUCUUUAGAAUGAGAAGUGAAUUAUAUUGACAUUUUACAAUCUUGGAUUUCUUUUUUUUUUUUUUUCUUUUGAGACGGGGUCCUGGUCUGUCGCUCAGGCUGGAUUUGCUGUGGCAUGAUCAGGACUCACUGCAGCCUCUAUCUCCCCGGCUCAAGUAAUCCUCCCAUCUUAGUGCCCAAGUAGCUGGGACUACAGGGGUGCACUACCAUGCCCAGCUAAAUUUGCUUGAAUUUUAGUAAAGAUGAAGUCUCACUAUGUUGCCAAGGCUGGUCUCAAACUCCUAAACUCAAAUGAUCCUCCUGCCUCGGCCUCCCACAUUGCUGGAAUUAUAGGCAUGAGCCACCAUGUCUGGCCAAUCUUGGAUUUUUAAUGGAAUAUGUGGGCAUGAAAUGACAGAACAUAGGACAUUCUAAAGUUCCUUGAUUUUACUCAUUAUGAAAAGUGUGGGACUCAAGCACAGGAAACUGAACUCUUUUGUUGUCAUUGGAUGUUUCAUUUUUGACACUAAUUUUUUCUGGACAAACUCUUUAUGUGUUUUUCCCAAGAAUAGUUAUCUAAUUUCUUGAGGCAAAAUCCUUGGAUUUACUAACAUGAUGAUUUACCUUUUCUUCACCGUUGUCAUUACCUUGUUAGAAAAGCAACAAGAAAAAACCCAAUUCAUUUGGCCUAAAAACAAGCCUCAAGUUUAAAACCAAGCUCACAUUUUUCUUAAGGGAAAAAUUUUAUUUCUUAAACUUACAUCUAGCAACUUGGAAAGCACUUUCUCUGGGGAUCUUCUUUUGUAACUUCACAGACAAAUAAGUAUGAGUCACUGCGGAGAGAGUUUGUUAUUGAAAUAGAUGUUACCCAUGAAGAAUUCUCCUUCCUGGAUUGACUCUUAAUCAUCAGGCAUCAUCCCUUGUUUGCUUCUCUAAGAAUCUCAAUUCCAACUUCUCUGCAGAGUCUUUGUACAGUGAUUAAGCCAUGCCAGAUGGUCUUUGGUGCACACAGUUAUUUAAGAACCCACUUCCACAGGUGGCUGCCCUUGUAAGGAAGGAUGCAUCCCUAAAUGUGGGCACCAGAGAGCUCCAGUGGGCAGAUGUCUGUGGCUGCCCUUCUCAUUUAAGGACAUGAGUUAACUGGAGUAUUACUCAAAAAGCCUGUGGUUCAUUUCCAGUAUUGUGAAUAUUUAGUUUAUGUGGCCGUUUCUUUGUUUCUUUGAACACUGGGAUUUUCAGUGAAAAAGUGCUCUCUUUUUCAUUUCCUAUUGCAGUGGUCACAGCUAAUAGUGUCUGAACAUGGUUCAAGAAUAAGAGAUUCCAUGUAGCAUUUUCUUUAUUAUUUUCAUUUCGCUUACAUUACCCAUCAUUCCUCAAGGACAAUUAUUCUCAAUAAUGCUUAUAGAAAAUGUUCUCUAAUUAAACAUGCCAGAAAGAAAGAGUGAGGGAAAGAGGGAACAGGAAGAAAACGGAAGAAAGAAAAAAAAAAGAGAAAAAGACUAACAGGAUAACCAAUUUGUUAUAAGUUGGUUUUCAACAAAGAAAUUUAGCAGCCGAGUAAGAUUUCAAGGGAAUAUUAACUUGGUAUCAAGGCUACUUUUUUUUUUUUUUUUUACUUACAUGUCAUCCUUAAUGUCUAACACGAAAAAUCAACAGAAUAUGAUUUUUAUCAAAAAUUUAUGUUGGAAGUAAAAACUGCUUUAUAUCUUCCAAAUUAGGAAGAGAAGACCAGAAAUCCUCUGGGGCAUUUAACCAUCUGGCAGAAUUGUUGCUGCACCCUUAUCCCAGUUAUAAGACAGUCAAAACGACUAUUUCCUAAAUAUUGUGAGUGUAUGAAAUGUGAAAUUAAAGCAAAAACUGGAGACUUUUAAUGUUGUAUUUCUUUAAUUUGAAAUGUUUUGUGGAUUAUGAAAUAAAAAUAAAUUGAUGUCGUUUUAUUCAAAA